AUGAAUGAUGUUAAUAAAAAGAAGCCAAAACUUGGAGAGAUGAGGCUCGAGAAAAAAAUCCCAGAUGGCUCUUAUCUUUUCGGAUUAUCCGCUGAAAUUUAUCCAUUCCCCUCAAACAUUGGCCCAAAACCUCCACCGUCGCUAACGGGAUCAGAAAAAUUGUUGGAAUGUUCUAAUGCUCCAAUUUCAUUGGAAGUUCCACAACAACCAGGGUCCCGUUAG